AUGCCGGAAGUGACAGCAGUUGCAGCGACGGUGAUGGUGAUGAUGGCACUGGCGAGUGUGGUGGAGUGUGGGCCGACGACGUGGCCCUCGCCCGAGUGUUCGGGCCAGGGCGUGCUGUACGCCGACGUGGGCGUGUGCGAGUGCUUCGACUGCUUCUCGGGCGCUAACUGCUCUAAGGUCGAUGCUGGCGGAUGCGUGGUCAAUGCGGUGGGUGGCUCGCCGCUGAUGUACCAGUCGUACUGGGCGCAGUACGAUGGCCCGCCUGUCGCCGCCGAGGUUGCCCUGCCGGCCUGGUACCGCACCGGGUACCAGUUUGAGAGCGUGCUGACGCCGGCGUCGACGGGCCUAGGCGCUGCGCUGCGCGAGGCGAUCCUGGACGUCCACGCAUCGGCAGGCAACGUGAAUACCGAGGGCAUGUCGGUGGUGGUUGGCUCGGGAUGCACGCUCCUUAUCGCGGCGUCAAGCGUGGCGCUGGCCGAGGCCGCGCCGUGCGAGCAGACAACCAUCUACGCCCAGCCGCCGUACUACGACGGGUACGCCAACUGGGCGUCUGUGGGCGCGGCGAACACGUCGUUCUCGGCAUCGAGCUCGCUCGAUCCACAGCGACAGUGCAUUGUCGAGUUUGUGACCCUCCCGAACAAUCCAACCGGCGAGCUGCGGUCGGCGGUGUACUCGGGGAGCCAGGUGGCGCACGUCCACGACAUGGUCUACGCCUGGCCGUCUCUGACCAACAAGAUCCACAACUACUCGGCAGACAUCAUGCUCUUCUCGCUCUCCAAGCUCUCCGGGCACGCAGGCUCGCGCAUCGGGUGGGCGCUGGUCAAGGACCCCGCGGUCGCCGCCGCCAUGGAGAGCUUCAUCUCCAAGGCCGAGAUCACGACGUCGGUCGACUCGCGCUACCGCGCGCUGGCCAUCCUGCGCGCCAUCACCGCCACCCGCGGCGGCUUCUUCUCCGCCAUUCGCACCGAAUUUACUGCCCGCUGGAACAAGGUCCUGCCUAUCUUUGCCUCCUCCACCCGUUUUGCCAUCCGCUCGGUCCCGGACCAGUUCUACCUCUGGAUCGAGUGCCUCGACGGCUCGACUUCGUGCUACGACGUCUUUCUCGCUGCCGGCAUCCAGGGCUGGGCCGGGCCUUCGUUUGGCGCCUCGGAUGCCUUUGUCCGCCUCGAGCUCGUCCAGCACGACCUUGUCUUUGACAUCCUCCUCACCAAGCUUGCAGCCCUCGUUGCCGCCUAG